AAUUUAUUACCCAGCCCGGAUCCAAGAUGGCGGACAGUGGUGACGUAUCCAAGAUCGCGUGAGAGUAAAGGAGCGCGAUUUGGAGGAGCGCACGCUUCUGCCGCAGGGCAUCGGCCCCAGGAUCGAAUAUGAUUGCAAAGCUUAAGACGGAGGCCCUCUAUGUUGCAAGAAGACUAGAAGGAGGUGACAAAAGAAUCUAAAAGAUGAAGGAAUUUAAGACCAUCUGCAGGCAGCUCAGAAGUUUAAAGGAGUUGUCUAUAAAACCAACCCCACAUGUGGGUUUCUCCACUUCCUCUUAUUACUAUGACCGGAAGAAAAAAGUGAACCCUUAUGAAGAAGUGGAUCAAGAAAAGUACUCUAAUACAGUCCGGUCUAUCUUGUCACUCAGAGGCCAUGGUCGGACUCCAGAUUCAUUGUUUGAGGAAGAUGCUUUACUCUAUGGACCUGUGAGUAAGUGCAAACCACCAAAGCAGGAUGAGGAAACAAUUGCAGGGAACCGGUUUCCUCUUUUCAAUCGGGAAAGAAUCCUGAAACCAAAUGCAGCAUGUUCUCCUGCAACCCCUUUGAAAAUCCCUUUGCAAAAGAAUAUACCAAGUGUGACCCGGGUCCUUCAGCAGACCAUGACACCAGAACAACUUUUCUACUUGGAGAGGUGGAAAAAGCGGAUGAUUAUGGAACUGGGCGAGGAUGGCUUUGCAGAAUAUACUUCAAACAUAUUUUUACAAGGAAAACAGUUCCAUGAAGCCGUAGAAACCAUACUUUCAUCCCAGGGAAACCUAGACUUCCGAGAGAGGAGUGAAAAUCUCAAAUCUGGCUACAUUGAGAGCAUUCAGCAUAUUCUGAAAGAUGUCAGUGGAGUACGAGCUCUCGAAAGCGCUGUUCAGCAUAAGACCUUAAAGUAUGUAGGUCUGAUGGACUGUGUGGCUGAAUAUCAAGGCAAGUUGUGUGUGAUUGAUUGGAAGACAUCAGAGAAACCAAAGCCUCUUAUCCGAAAUACAUUUGACAACCCCCUGCAAGUUGUGGCAUACAUUGGUGCCAUAAACCAUGAUCCUAACUAUAGCUUUGAGGUUCAGUGUGGUUUAAUUGUGGUGGCCUACAAAGAUGGAUCCCCUGCCCACCCUCAUUUCAUGGAUUCAGAGCUCUGUUCCCAGUACUGGACGAAGUGGCUUCUUCGAUUGGAAGAAUAUACAAAAAAGGAAAAGAACCAGAAUAUUCAGAAACCAGAUUAAGGAGCAAGAUACUUUGGGGGGGGCAAUUCAGCAUUUUCUUACAGUUUGGGGAGAUUUGUCAGUGUUUUCUGUGUUUACUAAGAAAUGGAAAUAGCACAGGAUCUGAUAGCUACAUUAGCACAAUCAGAAGUGUUAAUUUGUUGAAAAUUUAAAAACAACAACAACAGAAAAGAUUAGAUUUAAAAAGCUGGGUGUUAGCACAUGAAAGACCAGCUAUGCUGUCUCUGCUUCUCAUUUAUCUGCAGAGGACAGACAGGAUUGACACAGUGUUGGUGACUCUUGGACUUUCUUGUAGGCCUUUCUGUGUCCUGGGCAAGAUGCCCAGUCUUUGAACUCAGAUUGGGGCAGUGAGGCUUGAUAUGCCAAGCAUGUCCCCAGGCCAUAUCAGGUGGGAAGAGGCCAGCUAUCCCCAAUGUGUACAUGGAAGAACUCACAUCAGCCAACUAGUACUGCCAGUGUAGUGUCCUAAAACUUGUAUUAUACUGGGGUUCUCUGUAUAUUUAUUUGAGGGAAAAAAAUAAGUUUAACCUGAUUAGCAGUGCCCCUUGGCAUGCCAUUAACCCUCAGAAAUAGCCAGAGCCCAGUUUGAGAAUUCUAAUUGUGGCUUUAUUAUGGUUUGAGUCAGCAUAUCAAGUACAUGGAGAAAAUGUGGGCUAUUUUAGCUGUUGAGAAUAAGAAAGUUCAGUUGCUUUUUCUGUGUUUGAUAAUCCAUAAUCAGGUUCAUAAAGCAUAAAUAAACAUACCUAGGGAAGGAUUUGUUUCAUUUUGCAGUGAAUGAACACUUAGGUUAAUGUUUGUUUGCUGUCUUAAAGUAGUUAGGUGCUACAAUCACUUUUUUCUUAUAUUUGCUGCUAAUUAUAAGAAAUAAAACAUAAAAU